AUGGCUAGCAGUAACGAAGAAAGGUGAGGAGAAAAUAUCCUUCGGCAAACUCAUUUGCAUUUAUUAGCAUAUUCGUGACUCGCCAUAUUGUUGCUUCACCACCCGCUGUGUUUUAUUUUAGCUCGAUAGUAUUUUGCUCUAAAACCAAAUUGUGUGACCGAAAUAAAGGUCAUCCCGGGACAUGCAACAAGAAGGGACGACUACAAAAGCGAUUUUGGGAAGAUUCUCCGUACUUUAAACUCCGAGGAGACCAAGGCGACUUGACACGCAAGUCACGCGAAGUGAAUACGAAAGAAACGGAAGUCAAAAUUUCGCAGGAAAAUCUUGCUAAACAACGCGAAGAGUUGGAUUUACAUGAGACAUCCGUUCAAGAAAGAGUCGAUGCUGCCAGUAAGUAUUAUAAAAUGUUGAUAUGUGACUUUUUAUGCCAAUACAUUGAAUAUUUAUGCUUGCCCUUUUGUACUGUACCAACUACCAAGACCAUGUAUUUGUAGUAAAUUUAAGUCAGACUCAGCUGAGACUAUAUAUAUAUUAUAAAACAGAUGGAAUAUUAGAUUUAGUAUUGGAACCCAGUUUAAAUUUGCACAUUGUAUAUAUAGUCAUCAAACUUUAAACUACAGUAAUUGUGUACUGGAGUGUAUAUGAUAUUCUUUAUUGCUGAGUCUAUAUAUUUUUUUAUUGUUGCAAUGCUUGUUAAAAUACUGACAAAAUUCCUCAACUAUUAAGUCUAUAAGGGGCUGUUUAUAUGGGAGCCCGCUUUGUGAGACGGCCCGGUGAGCAGGAUGAAUUUAUCUUGUGUGUAUCUGAGAAAAGUCAUCCUGCUUGCCGGUACAAUUUUGUUCUAAUUAUAGUUGUUUUGAAUGGUGGCAACUGGGCUAGCCCGCUUGUGUGUGUUUAUAUGGGGGCAAAACUCAUCUCGGUAAGAGAGAUCUCAGCUGUUGCAAGCAAGAUACACACCUGUAGGAAUUUUUACUAUACAUUCUAGUACAAGAUGGGAUCUUUCUUUGAAGCCGGUUACAUGUCCUGUAUAAACAGCAUAAAUUGUAAAGGCAUAAAUUGUUGUUAUAGUGUUUUAGUGUUGCUAUAGUGUCCAGCUAACCAAAUUAUACCAGGCGGCAUUUUACCUUUGAGAAGUAAAAUUGUCUGCCAUUAGCCGAGAUAAAUUCAAUAUAAAUUCAAUAUACAUGCAUGACGCAGCAAAUAAUAUGUGGAACUCCUAAUUUAUCAGCAAGUAUCAAAAUCAUAUUUAUCAAUUGGGUCGUUCGAGAAAAGAUCCAUAUUCCCCCCAGGGAGGAAAUUUCUGCUGUCCGGAGGGGGAGGGGAGAAAAAAUUGUUUCUGAUAAUAGUAAAUGCAUUAGGACAUCCAAAGGGGGUAGGGGGGUUAACUUCCUAUAUCCUCUGUGGGGGUGGUAUGGAUGUUUUCUGGAAUGACCCUUUGGGGGGUUUGUUAUUUUUGUCGGUCUGUCUCUAGUCAUGCAUAUAUAGCAUACUUAAUUAUAUAAAUCCAAUUAAGUUCAUGGAUUUAAAUUUUUACACACAGUGCAUGCAUGUAAAAUGAAAUAAUUGGUUCCAUAAUUUUAAUUUAGAUGAUGAUUUAAAUGCAUCUAUCGAACGACGAGAGGAAGUUGAUGGAGAAGUUGCUGAAAUUGAGCAACACUUGCAGAAUAUUUCACAGGAGUAUGCAAAAUUAAAAACCUUAAUGGACCAGAAAGGGUAUGCUCGCACACGCAGACAAAAUACUAAAACUACCAUUGAUAUGAUCAGUGACCGUUGUUCCAGUGUCCGCUACAGACGACGGCAAGAGACCAAGAAUGUACUUGAAUACAUCCAUGGUGGUGAGGUUGCAGCAGUACUUGGAGCUUGGGAUUUUGUAACAGCCCAUGCAGACAAAGAACUUAUGGACGACUUGAUUAGUAAGUAUAAAAGGGGAAAAUACUUACAAGGGGUAAUCAACAAAGCCAUGAACGAUCACAAGCAGUCCAAGGAUUCCCUAAAUCAAGCACUUGCUUUUAAGUACCAGAAUUUUUUGUCUCGACGUAAAUUUAAUUUAAUGUGUAAAACACAGUCUUCUGUGUUUGAUCCUGAUGCUGAAGUAUGGUUACCACGAAAUAUGAAGUGCUUAGGGGUAGAUGUUGAGUUGUCGCUUAGUCGAGUGUCUGAUGACAAAAUUGAUAAAUUUGUAAAAUCAUUAGAUAUAGGUAGUAUUACUCAAAUUCCAAAUGCACCUGGGGUCACUAGGACCAUCACUGGCCUUGUAUUCAUGAUUAUUGAUUUGCAUUUACGAUUGCCACAUCUUUUUCGGCAACUUAUUUGGUUCAAUGAAAAUACCAAUCAUUUCAUUUUCCAGUUUUCUGAUGAUGGUGCCCCUGAAACAAGCCAGCUCACAAUGUCAAUAGGCAGUAUAACAUUGUGGAAUUUUGGGGAAAGGGUUAGAAGUAGGGAAUUUCAGUACCUACUUCAUUGUGUCAGCCUUGGCGAAAAGCAUGCAAUGCUUGAGCUUCUUUGGAGACAACAUACUGAUGAGAUGCAGCUACUUGAGUCCAGUGUUUUUACAGUUUGUGGGAAGGAGUGCACAGUUGAGUUUCAGCCAAGUGCUGACAUGAGUUGGCAAAGUUGGGCCUGCAAUGAACUGAACCAGGCAGCUACACACCCUUGUCCCUAUGCAAAUGUGCACAAAAAUAAUAUGUGUAUUCUAGGUGGCACAAUUGGUCUCGAUCACAAUGAUACUUGGACACCGUACACAAACGACCUGCGUGCUGAGCAUACAAAGAAGCUAAAUGUUUUUAUUAGUUCUCUAGCUACUAAUAUUAAAAGCACUACUCGUCAUGAGAAAAUGCUUGCUUUUAUGGCUGAAAAUGGGAUGCGCCAACUUGGGACACCUAGAAUUGGGGUGUUUGCGGAAAGAGUUCGACCAGAUCCACUGCAUUGUGAAAUUAAUGCAUGGCAGCAUUUAUUAGAUUUAAUUUACUGUGAAUGUGUGAAGCGCAACAGUUUCCAGCAGUUCAUUAAAAUAUUAUCAGCUCCUGUUGGUCUUGAACAUAGUAAUCAUUUGGAAACUUUGGAUCAGAUUACAAACCCAGAUGAUUUAAAUAAUUCUAUGUCAGAAGACACAUUAACUUUGUCUGAGAUUGCUAUACCAGAGCAUAUAAACCUUUUAGAGGAACAAGCUACAGCCAAUUUAUCUGCGGCACUUAAAAGUAAGGCUGCCACACUAGAUUCAUCUGCAGACAAAGUGUAUGGAUGCGGUCUGGCAUACUUAGCAUCUAAAAUUAAGGAGCAUUACAGUGUCGAAGCUAAAAGGUCAAACAAAUUGCCAACUCGAUUGAUAGGUAGUCAAGCUGUGAGCCUUUCUAGGCAUGGCUACAGACUUGUUGAUGCCUUGCAAUAUGAUGAAGAAAGUCCUUUAGAGAAUACCAAACGAUUGGCACUUUCAAAAGCAGUGGAAUAUUUAAGAAAUGCCAGCGGAUUGUUUAACAAAAUUAAUUUAAGUUCCAUUGGAGAAGUUGAUCAACUGACUGAAUUCUGUGAACUUUAUUUUAAUAUUCUUGUUCUUUUUUUCCCCACAAGUAUUAAUGUUACUGUCUGGACAGUGGGGUAUGCCAUACCUUAUCAUGCCAGAAAAUUGUACGAAGAAUACCAUAUCGGUUAUGGUAUUUUGUCACUUCAAGCGAAGGAAUCAAAACAUGCUGGCAUUAAAGGUGAUCUUUCUUUAACCAACAGGUCAAAUGAAAGUAGCACUAAUGGCAAGUGGUGGCAAGUUUUGCGCUCAAAUUAUGUUAGGUCAUUCUAUCUUCCUGAACACCAACCUGCACCUCCAUCAUAUAUUUCUCAUUUUAAGUCGCGUACACCACCACACUGCAGUAGGGUCGAUUAUUGUGCUUGUGGAAGAACUAAAUUAGAUAUUGUGGAUGAGCAGUGUGGGGUUUGCAAAGCUGCUAAAACUAUUGUAAUUAAUUUUGUCACUUCAAGCGAAGGAAUCAAAACAUGCUGGCAUUAAAGGUGAUCUUUCUUUAACCAACAGGUCAAAUGAAAGUAGCACUAAUGGCAAGUGGUGGCAAGUUUUGCGCUCAAAUUAUGUUAGGUCAUUCUAUCUUCCUGAACACCAACCUGCACCUCCAUCAUAUAUUUCUCAUUUUAAGUCGCGUACACCACCACACUGCAGUAGGGUCGAUUAUUGUGCUUGUGGAAGAACUAAAUUAGAUAUUGUGGAUGAGCAGUGUGGGGUUUGCAAAGCUGCUAAAACUAUUGUAAUUAAAUGUGCUAAAGAAAAGAAGUUAUCUAAUGAAGUAAUUUUCUUAUUUAAGCCUAUCAUUUGCAGUAAAUGCAAUGAACGCUUUUCUGAUGUGACCAAUUUGAAAGCACACACUGAUAUUGUUCAUCGCUCUCAGACUCUUGCUACUGAGAGCACUAGACCUUCUCACUCACUUAUAAAGACUCGAUUAAAAAGUAUGAGUGUUACAGAGUUGAAGUCGGCCCUGAGGGAAAAAGGCCUAUAUCCACCUCUG